UUCAUUAGACUUACCAUGGACGUCGUAAACAGUACUACUAUCGGUGAAAAGACGGUGAGGACUACAUUCCGAGCAUUGUUUCUCGGAGACUCUGAAAGACUCCUUUCUAUCACGAAUGCAAGUUUCCCUAAACUGGGUUUGCUUCGGUCAGACUGCAUCGAAAUGAGUUGGCUUGAAUCAGUCCUUUUCUGGACAGAUUUCCCUCUUGGGACACCAACUGAUGCUUUGCUAAGUAGAACACCACAAUCACUGGUUCACUUGAAAAGGAAAUCAGAUUAUGUACAAAAGCCAAUCCCAAGGGAUGGUUUGGAGGGGAUUUGGAAGAAAAUGAUUGAGCUCCAAGUGCCGAAGCUUACUUUCAAUCCUUAUGGAGGAAAAAUGUGGGAGAUUCCAGCAACUCAAAGACCUUUUCCACAUAGAGCUGGGAACUUAUGGCAGAUUCAGUAUGCAACAAAUUGGAAUGAAGGUGGUCAAGAAGAAGCAAAUUAUUACAUAGAUUUGACAAGGCAACUCUAUAGUUACAUGACUCCCUUCGUGUCCAAGAAUCCUAGGCAAGCAUUCCUUAACUAUAGAGACCUCGACUUGGGUAUCAAUCACAACGGCAAGGAAAGCUACUUGGAAGGAAGAGUUUAUGGAAUCAAGUAUUUUCAGGAGAAUUUCAACAGGUUGGUUAAAAUCAAGACUAAGGUUGAUCCAGGUAAUUUCUUUAGGAAUGAACAAAGUAUCCCUACUUUUCCAUAUAGGAAAAAGUAGAAAUAUUUAUUUUGUUUGUUGGACCUACGUGAUUGUGAAGCAAACCAACAGAAAAAAAAAAAAAGGAUAGUCUGUUCUUUUUUUAAAAUAAAAUAUUGUUAUGUAAUUCAAGAAUAUUAUAAAUAAUGUGGUUAAUUUGAUGUGA